AUGAGAGCUAUGACUGCCACCCUCUGGACAGUGGCUAUGAUUGUUGGAGUUCCACCCUGCUCCUCCAUCAUCAUAGACCUCUCCUCCAAGAACCUCUCCUCAGUGCCCCCAGGCCUCCCUCCCUCCACAGGAGUCCUGGACCUCUCCUGCAACCACAUACACACUCUCCACCGCGACGACUUCCAGAACACAACUCAUCUGAUCUUCCUCAACCUAUCCUGGAACGUCCUGCAUGGGAUCCACCCUGAGACGUUUCAUCCGACUCCACUGCUCGAAGGUUUGGAUCUCUCACAUAACAGGCUGCAGAACCUGUCGGAUCAGAGAUACCUGCAGCAUACCCCAAACCUCCAGGACCUGGACCUGGCCUUCAACAAGUUCGUCACCAUGGCUCUGGGGAAGGAGUUUAGUUCCCUGAAGAACCUGAUGUACCUCAGUCUUGGAGCAGAUGAAAUCAGAGUGGAGGACUUUGCUAACAUAGCCAAUUUGACUCUGACAUGUCUGACCCUUCAACUGCACAGAUACACAACCUACGAAAAAGGGAGCCUGAAGAAUGUCCGGCUGCAUAAAAUUCGAAUUAACAUGACAACCAACCCUGGUACUGACAAGGUGUUGUCAGUGGAUGCUCUACUGAUGUUCACGAAGGUGGACCUGACAGGUUUGAAGGGAAACUAUACGUAUCUGCCAGAACUUCUAAAAGAACAAGGUGCGGUGACCACCACCCAUCUUUACUUGACCGACGUUAAGACCAGCUGGGGGCAGGUGACAGACACCAUCAACGCUGUGUUCCAUUCUCCAAUUGCCCACUUGACCGUCACGGAUAUCAUGAUCAGCAUUCCGCCGCAUAACGAAACUCUGGUGAGCCGCACAUCCAACACCCAAUCGUUUAGCCUAUCGCGGGCAAAGGUCGCCAGCUUUCUAUUUUCCCAGGAGGCCCUCUACAACUUUCUCAUUAACAUGCCAGUGGAGAACCUGGACAUUGGGGAGUCAUCCUUCAUUCACAUGACCUGCCCAAAGGCACCCAGCAGAAUCCACCAGCUGGACUUCUCAAAUUGUGCCCUGUCAGACACAGUCUUCUCGAGCGUGGUCAGCCAGGAGACGGUGGAGUGUCGAAAUCUUGACCAAGUGGUCACCUUGGUUAUGAGUGGAAACAACCUCAAGAGCCUGCAGGUUUUAAGCAAACGUUUGCAGUACAUGAGUUCCCUGCGUCAACUGGACCUGAGUCUUAACUCGUUGCGUUAUAACAGUCGGGAAGAGAAUAAAGAGUGUUUCUGGCCCCAGAAUAUCAUCAAACUGGACCUAUCCUCCAACAGGCUGAGUCAAGACGUGUUCGGCUGCUUGCCCAAAGGUAUCGUUACACUGAACCUCCAAAAUAAUCAAAUAUCCACAGUCCCAAGUGUCAUGUUGAAACUCAAGUCCCUAUCUACCCUGGACCUGAGUGCCAACCUGUUGCGGGACCUACCAGUGUGUGGUGGAUUUCCAAACUUAAAGGUACUGCUUCUGAGGAAAAACAUUAUUCACGCACCAACUGUGAGACUGCUAAAGGAAUGCCCUUGGCUGGAGAAACUAGAUGUCAGCAGAAACCCCUUCAUCUGCACCUGUGCUGUGAGGAGUUUCAAGCAGCUGGGUGCUGAACAGGUAGCAAGCGAAGAUCAAGCGAUCAAGCUUCUCCACUGGCCUUUGGGCUACUACUGCAGCUACCCCAGAACUUUGAAGGACAAGACCCUGGAGGAGUUCUGGCUCCCCGACAUCUCCUGUAGCGUUGGUCUCUUGGCGGCGGCCAUCUUGUGUCCAGCUGUGGCUCUGAUCGUUGGCGUGUUGACACUGUGCCGCCGCUUUGACGUUCCGUGGUACCUGGGCAUGAUCUGGCAGUGGAGCCGGGCCAAGCAUCGUGCUCGAACCGAGCAGAUCCGACCCGAGGACCUGGAAGGGGUGCUUUUCCACGCCUUUGUGUCCUACAGUCAGCACGAUGCCGAAUGGGUCAAGGGUCAACUCCUGCCCAACCUGGAGGGCUCCGGCAGCGCCCUCCACAUCUGCCACCACGAGAGGGACUUUGUCCCGGGGAAGACGAUCGUGGAGAACAUCCUCCGCUGCAUCGAGAGGAGCAGGCGCUGCGUCUUCGUCCUGUCGCCCCACUUUGUGCGCAGCGAGUGGUGCCACUACGAGCUGUACUUCGCCGGCCACCAGGGCCUGACCUGCGCGACCCGCAGUGUGAUCCUGGUGCUGCUGCAGCCCCUGCCUCGGUACAUGAUCCCCUCCAAGUACCACCAGCUGAAGGCCAUGAUGGCCAAGCACACCUUCCUGGAGUGGCCCCAGGACAGGGCCAAGCACAGACUGUUCUGGGCCAACCUGAGAGCUGCCCUGCAGGCAGACCUGCCCAACGCACCAGUCAGAGACAUGGACUAGUCGUGAUUUCUCCACUCAUCAGUCGUGAGUGGAGAAAUCUUUAUUCUCCCCACUGGGGCCAUUCAUUUUGCAGCCAACAGUUAAAAAACUAAGAACAUUAAGGUUAAAUCCACAUACUGCUAAAAGGACCUUACAGUUUCAGCACUAUAAAAACAAUAUCGCAGUUAAUCAGUUCUAGUCCACACACCCUCCGGUUAUACUUCCAACAAAGAAAAGUUCCCUCCUUGCCCAGAGGGAAGGAGGGAAAACUCUGAAUACAGAGGGUCCUGGAGAAUAUCCUGAGCUUCCCUAAAGACCCUCUUCUGAUAGACAGGACCGAGCUCUCUCAGAUCCCAGCAAGUGAUUCUAGGGCUCCUCCUAACAUUUCUCCUUGGCAUUUGUCAGGUUUAGGUUCCCCGACCCAGCAUUUCAAGACAAAGUUAAGGACUCAAUACAGACUCAAUACAAGGACUCAAAACAUUUUCAAAAGUGAUUUGUCUACUAUUAAGCCUGCUGAGGACUUUUGUUUAGGGUUGCUUUCACAUUAGGUUCAGCUUAGUUUGUCAUACACAAUUGUCCUUGAUGUAUUUGUACUGGAUAACCACCUCGUCCUGUUCACCAUUUAUUAGGGGAAGUCAUGGGGGGGACCGAAGCCCAUCUUUGAAAGUCAAUAGCCAUUUAUUUUGUCUUUGAUAGAUUGAGUUUAAGAAAUUGUUACACUACUGUAAGAACUUACUAACAAUUAGACCAUGGCUCAUCUUUGAGAAGAGGGAGGAAGAGAGAGGGGAGGGAAGGAGGAUGAUAGUACAAAUGCUACGGGGGAGAAGAACAGGAACAGGCUGUGGGCGGGGAUGUGUGUGUAACUAAACAAACAGAAAUGAAAUUAAAUUUGACCAAAAUAAGUCAACAUUAUCAACAAUAAAUAUCAAAACCUACAUCCGAUCUGGUUAAUAAAAUGCUAUUAUAAUCAGCAGAUAACUCUGAUCCAAACCAGUCAGCAAGAGCUUUAAUGAAAACAAUCAUACUGUAACAAAACAAACUCAUUUUUGUACAAAAGAAAACAAUAAAAACAUUGAGCAAUCA